UAUGGUUUUGCUACUCGCUAUUUCGGAAAAUAAGAAGUGGAUAUUCUUGCAAAGAUGCAUGUUGCACAUAUUUGACUGACCAAUACCUGUGCCGGGAUACAGGAAGAGAUUUUCUACCACAAACCCUGAACUUUAAAACUCAAGUCAACUGAAAUGGAACCUGUUGGGUUGUGAUGAUUAAUUGUAGUUCAACGAAUUGCUACAAUAUUAUCUAAUUAUUAUAUUAGAAACCAAAUUGCAACAAACGUAAUCCUAUGGUUCAAACAUAAAAUCAACAGUUGCAAGCAUAUUGAAUUUAUCCAAAAUUGACUUUUAAAAAAGUGAGAAGCUAAAAUGUUUUUGCAAAUUAAUGCCUUAAAAUAGUUUGACAUUGAAAAGUAGAUGUAUUCCACUGCAUAGUUUCGACAAUAAACACGGUUCAUGGCUGCGGUUUUGCAACCUCGUGUUCUGCUCCACCUGAAUUGUUCUUCUUGGUUAUCUUGUUCACUGGGCUCCUUUUAUUUUUGACCCCACCAAACUGCAUUCUAACAACAUGCUCCGCCUAUUACGUCAAGCCUUGAUAACUUUCUGAAUACUGGGAUCGUCGUGAAGUUGCGCCAGCUUGUGAUCCUUUCUUCUUCUCCAUACUACGUUUUCCUGUUCACUGUCGUAGAUUGUUCAGAGCACUCGACGUCCGAAAACAUAAAGUACUUGCGAGUGCCAUAUUGUAGACUAUCUAUAGCUCGACGCCGUCGUUCACAACAUUAUCAAGAGAAGCUAUGUUACGUUCACCUCUUCUAGCUAGCACACAUUUAGAUUGAGACGAGUAAGUCCAAUCAGUCCUGCUUCAAUGUUUCAGUCAGGAAUACAAAACCGUAUAUGUCCUUCCGUGAUUCGGUCCCCGCCAUCGGCGAAGCAUAUAAUCUGACUACUCUUGUGGAAAAUCGAGCCGAGAUGUGGCACAUACUACAUGGGCUGAAACUACCCGGGAUUUUUAAUGAAAACAAUCGUUUUUUGAGCAAAGAUGUAUUUAUUCCUUAACAUAAUUCCCUUCGAUGGUAAUACACUUGGUAUAGCGAGUUUCCAAAAUUUCGAUUCCCUUUCUGUAGUACGAAACGUCUAAGUCUUCGAAAUAUGCCUCAGUACCACUCUGCAGACUGCCUAUUCGACACAGGAGUGUGGUAAUGGAUCAACGUUUCAUCCGUUGUCACAAAAUGUCGAAAGAAGUUCACUCAAUUAGGCUUCAACAACGCCAAACCGGCUGUUGAAUCAUCAACGCGCCGCUGUUUUGGUCGAUGGUCAGCAAACGCGGCACCCAUCGCGCGGAUAGCUUUUUCAUGUCUAAAAUAUCGUGCAAAAUGUAUCCCAAUUGUUCUUUUGAAACCAAACAAAAAACAAUGUUUGGUCAAAAUACGAUGUUUUUCUUUCUCCAUUUUCUUUACAAAUGAUCAGGUAGUGACACCUCAACAACUGUAGUUUGUGAACAAAUAAACGAAAUGUCACGAUACUUCACACAUAAGCUAGUGACAGAUAAACCUCUCGAAAUGAAUUUUGUUCUUUUUUUAGUGGAGCCAUCUGCUGAAAAAUCCUGGGACUUUUCAGCCCAUGUAGUACUCAUUGAUACUCGUGGCACUUCUGGAGAACCUGCCGUAGGCUAACAAUCUGGUCUGUCGUUGGAUAGUCAAGUUUUCCUGAUCUCGCCUUGAAUAGACCCUCUGUGAGGCCAUUAUGUCUAUUUAUCAAGACUCUCUGGCACCAUUUGGUCUAACCGCUCUCGUAAAUUCAUGUAAAUUACUGCUACUAGAAGUAGACGCUAUUCUCAAUCAACAGACUUUUGUGAUGGCUUUCUCGUCGACAAGGGGUUGCGUCGUAUAUCCUGUAUUCAAUUUGUGAGUUGUAGACUCAUGGAAAUAGUAUUUUUUCAAAUGUAAAUAACAAAUGUAAAGUGAAGCCUUUUGUGGCCGUAGAUAGCUGUUCAUUCUGGAGCACUCAUUCUACCUUUACGGUGUCCGUACUCGUUACGGACUGCACAUAUUGCUGUAAUUCGGCCUAUAAGCUUCAUGAUGAGUUGGUCCACAACAUUCCACAUUGACAAUUUUUUUUUUGACGAAUGUGACGAAUAUUCGGGGAACGCACCUUUUAGUAACCUUGCUCUCUGAACGCGUCCGGCGCUGAGCCAUCUAUGCGCAUAGAACAGACGACAGCCGUUUAGUCGGAUCCUGGGGAAUUGAAAGUUAUGGCGAAGCAUGGUGAUAUAUCCCAUUAACUCCAUAUGGCGAGGAGAAGCCGAACUUGUGCAAGUCUGCAAUGAGGAACUCGUAGCAGUGAGUUCUGUUUCUAAUACCAGAAAAGGCGUGGGGAAAUCCAGCUUUGAACAGAUCUAUAUGCUUACUGGGAAAACCAUGACUGCUGCUCUCCAAUUACGGGCCGCACCCAGUCUUACUAGGGGUGACAUUGCGCAUUUCGAAACGAGUGUUUUUUGUUCGUUUCGACCACUUUGACUUAGCGUUGUUUACGAACCCACAAAUUUUACAUUUCUCUACGAAACAAAUUUUGCUCUAAAUCUAGUACACUGAAAAUAAUAACUUGAAAAAGAUACAUAAUACUAAAACCAAUUCGAUUUGAGUUCGAAUUUUCUCGAAACGAGUUACUCGUUUCGAAAUGCACAAUACCACCCCAGGUCGUGCUCUACCUGGAACGAACACCUCGCUCGCUGGACUCCUUUUCUUCUUGUCCCCAUUGGAUUCGAUGCGAACAUCAUCUUUUCAGGGUUGCUGUCCGCGAAUCUUACAGCAUGGCCCGCCCAUCGCGCUCGUCUGGCCUUAGCUAUUUUCUAGAUGCUGGGUUCGUCGUAGAGUUGUCGCAUUUCGUGAUUUAGACUCCUUCCCAAUAUUCAGUUUUUCUGUACACAGCCGUAUAUUUUUCUUAUCAUUAGGCGUUCGAUUACGCCAUAUAUCCCGCAUGUAGAAGCCCGCGAUCCGCAUAACACCUUCCAGCGCUACGUUGAAGAGCAGACAGGAGAGUCCAUCGUCAGAUUCCCUGUGAUUUUCAAGCGAUUCUUUCACGAUUUUCCAUAGCAGUCGUGGACGAAAGAAUCAUAUGCCACUUUGAAGUCCUUAAAGAUGUGGUGCAUAGGGACUUACUAUCGGCACCUUUGGAGGUUCUAACACAGUGUAUAAAUAUGGCCCGUGUAGAGCAACCGGGCAUGAAUUCAGCCUGAUAAGUUCCAACAAAUCUGCUUACUAUUGGCAAUGGACGGUGAAAUAGAAUCUGGGAUAAAAUUUUGUAGGUACCAUUCGGGUCUCAUGUUCCUAGUUCUUAUAUCAAAUUUUAAGAAGGGGCUUCUUGAAACAAUUUCUGGUCCACAAAACAUGCAUGGGAACAGAACGAUGAAAAUUACGGCUGGAACUCUAUAAGACUCUAUGCUUGGACCAACACUUUGGAGUACCAGGUGUACAAGUAUGAAACCGGAAUUUUGUUUUCAAGAAAACGCACAUUUAUUACGUCAAAAUGAAAAACUCUACAUCAUUCAAAUUAUCUUCCAGUGAUAGCUAUACAUUUCCUCCGUGUCAAGUUUUCCUCAUUUGCUUAAGAAUUGAAGAAGCGCUGCUCAGCAAGUGCGUGUCCCAUCGGGGCAGAUACGUGGUAGUGGGAAUAAGCCGCAUGUGAAGGAACUUCCUAGUCAAAUGACUCAAUCGUUUCCUUGGUCGGUUUUGCAGUGUGUGAUGGAGCAUUAUCAUGCAACAAACUCACUUUAUGUAGCCUUUUUUGUUUCGAUAUUUUGUUGCUGGUUUUAAACUAAGAUAUGUACUUACUCUCUGAGAAAGAGAAAAUUUGAACUCGGAUUUACAGCUAAUAAAAAAUGAGUGAUCCAGCCAGCGGCGUAAGUGAACUUGUUGAGCAGCCUGUCGGCACGGUACAACCCAGCGAAACAGACAACUUGUUGGGAGAAACUGGGGCUGCCGAUGCCAAUAUGACUGGCGCCAGUAAGGAGCAAGGCCCGGAAACAGAGGAUGCCCAGCAGAAACAACUGACGGCAAGCGGCGAUAGCAUCACCGCUUUGCUGUAUUCCUUUGCGAAAAAGGUGGUCACCGUAGGAAUAAUCUAUUUCGUUGGUUACAUGGGAUGGUCGGUGGCAUGGCUGAUAACACCGGUGAUUCUUUCGGUCGCACGCGAACAGUGGCGCACCAAGAGCGAAACGCGUCGGAAUGUGGCCAAAGCAUCGGCUCUCGCUAGUGACAAGGAAGUUAUCCUUGCUCGUUUGGGUGAUUUGCCUGCCUGGGUUUUCUUUCCUGACGUUGAACGCUGUGAAUGGUUAAACAGGAUUUUAAAACAAGUAUGGCCCAACGCUAAUUUCUUUGCGAAGAAUCUUAUUAAGGAAUCAAUCGAGCCAAACAUCCAACAAGCUAUGGCCGGAUACAAACUCAACGGAUUCAAAUUCGACCGCAUGAUUCUGGGAACUAUCCCACCACGAAUAGGCGGAGUCAAAGUGUACGACAAGAAUGUCUCACGCAACGAAAUCAUCAUGGAUCUGGACCUGUUCUACGCUGGUGAUUGUGACAUUAGCUUCUCUGUGAGUGGUCUACGGGGUGGAAUCAAGGAUUUUCAAAUCCACGGAACGGUACGGGUGAUAAUGAAACCCCUCAUCGCCCAGAUGCCGCUCGUUGGUGGCCUGCAAAUAUUUUUCCUAAACAACCCAAACAUCGAUUUUAACUUGGUGGGCGUGGUGGACUUACUUGAUAUGCCCGGGCUAAGCGAUAUCUUGAGGAAAAUAAUUGUGGAACAGGUUGCCGCCAUUAUGGUGUUACCGAACAAGUUGCCAAUCGUUCUGAAUGAUGCAGUCCCGGCGCUUCUGCUGAAAAUGCCAGAACCAGAGGGAGUGCUACGAAUCCAUGUCGUUGAGGCCAAAGAUUUAAUGAAGAAAGAUAUAAGCGUGUUGGGCAAAGGCAAAUCAGAUCCGUAUGCAAUCAUAUCCGUUGGAGCGCAACAAUUCCGCACACAGACAAUCGAUAACAAUGUGAAUCCUAAAUGGGAUUAUUGGUGCGAGGCUGAGGUAAACGCAACAUUACGUCAGGAAAUUGAGUUCAACCUUUGGGACGAGGAUCCAGCAGUUCCGGGCGUCCAGAAUGACGAUUUCCUUGGCAGAGCUACGGUUGAGAUUAGCAGUGUAACCAGGAACGGCGAAAUUGAUACAUGGCUUACUCUUGAACAAGCCAAGCAUGGCUUGGUCCAUGUGCGACUCACCUGGUUCACCCUAAGUGCUGACAAAAACGAUCUGAAGGCAGCUCUGCACGAAACACAACUACUACGCGUAACUUCGAUGAGCACUGCCUUGCUAACGGUAUUUAUAGAUUCGGCCAAAAACUUACCUCAAGCGCGCCAACAAAGUCAACCCGAUCCGUAUCUUAUCUUGAGCGUGGGUAAGAAAACGGAACAAACCACCGUCCAAAUGCGAACCGAUGCCCCGGUAUGGGAGCAAGGAUUCUCUUUUCUGGUUGGCAAUCCAGAUAACGAUACACUCCAGCUGAAAGUGGUUGAUCAGAAAACAGGAAGCACUAUUGGCUCGUUGAUAUAUAUACUGAGCGCCCUGAUGGAGAAACAAAAACUCGAAUUGAUGUCACAGCCGUUCACACUGCAAAAGUCAGGCCCUGACACCAAAAUCAUUAUGUCAUUGUCCCUGCGUAUUCUGAGGCGUUCUCAAGAUACGGCGGAUGAUGUUGUUUCCAAGGCAGGAUCUCCUUCAGAAGGAUACGGUGGAGAUAGCGCUCUGUCCAGAAGUAGUUCAAUAAGAACGGCACCGAUUGCUGCAAAUGACUCGACAGUUUCUGAACCGAUUGCGGGUUCCAUAAGGAAGCAGGAGUCACGCAAGUCUGCCUCGUUUGGAAUUGUUGAUCAAAUGUCCAUCCACGAGGAACCAGUUUUCGUAUCCACAUUGAACACAGUCGUUAUGGCUACACCUCCAAGGAGCCCUAAUUUGAGCGAAGAUGGAAUGGAAUUGCUGCGUCGUAGUCCUAGCACAACCUCCUCUGCUGGUUCUGCAGGACUUGGGCGUAUCCAGUUAACCAUUGCGUUCAGCGUUCAACGCCAACGGUUGUUGAUCAUAAUACAUCAGAUAAAUAAUAUACCAUUGAAGGAUCCAACAAACAUCCCGGAUCCAUAUGUGAAACUGUAUUUACUUCCUGGACGUUCGAAAGAAUCCAAACGAAAGACAAAUGUUGUUAAAGACAAUUGUGAUCCUGUUUUCGAUGCGACUUUUGAAUACAUCAUCUCUAAUGCAGAACUGGUCAACUCGGAACUUGAAGUAACAGUCUGUACACAGAAGGGAUUUUUCGGAAGUCCGGUCAUUGGAAUGCAAAAAAUUAUCUUGCAUGAUCCGGAAAUUUCUACAGCGCACGGCGUAAAAGCCUGGUAUGAUCUUCUGCCCGAAUCUAAGUUUGAAUAAGUAUAAUUCUGAUGAAUGUGUAUAUAAUUAUAGUUUAUAUAGUAUAUUUGAGUGUUUGGAGAAAUUCUGAAUUAAUGUAAAAGGAUUAGAAAAUUAUUCUACAAGGCAUUCUACUAAGCAUUCUGGUCAUUAAAUUCUUCAUAUUAAAGUUCACAUUUUCCAGAGCAUUUAUCUAAAAAAUUAGAAAACAUCACAAAAAGCACUUCCAAUAAGAGUUUUGAUAUGAUAUUGUGCACUUCAUGUCUCGAAUAAAAACAACGAGAGAAAAUUGCUUCACUUGUCUCCAGAACGUGUCAAUUAAGUAGAACGACUCUCCACACAAUGUAAGCUAUACCAGCACAAUCAGUAGAUGCCUCAGACAUUUUUCUAUCUUUUAUGUCCAAUCUGACAUAAAUUUACAAAACACAAAACCUAUACAAUUUUGAGCAUAUAGUAACACAGAGCUUAUUCAAAUUACGAUGCAUACUCAAAGCUUUAUGCCAUGAUCAGAUUGGUUCCCGGAAUAAAUCGCCACAGAAAACGACUGCAACAGAAACCACCGCUUAUAAAAUGUGUAGUAGGCUAUAAAUAUUGUGGCGCGGUAUUGUAUUUCAAAACAAGAAUUAACCGGGCAAACGUAUCGCCCCAGGCAAACGUAACGCCCCGGGCAGACGUAUACCGUCCGACGCUCGCUAGAGCUCGGUCGGACAUUGCUAAAGGAUCGUAUCCUAUGUUUCAAACUAACCGGGCAAUCAGUGGAUCCCAGGUUUGCGUGCGAGACACCGCCGCUUCCGACGGCGGGUCGGCGGUGGACUCGGAUUGCGUCAUCUUGGCGGCAUGGGCCGCCUCGAUUCCUUAUCCUCGCCAAAUGGGGACUUCGUCCCCAUUACAUUGUCCUCAGAAUAAAUUUCGAAAAACGAGAACAAGAGAAUAAAUUUAUAAUAGAAAUGUGAGGCACAUGAUGUUUUUCCCGCGCCAAAUAUUUCUAGCCUACUACACUUUUUCUAAGCGGUUGUUUCUGUUGCAGUUGUUUACUGUGGCGAUUUAUUCCGGUCACCGAUCAGAUUAUAUUCGUAGGAAUAAUGUUAAGACAGUUUUAAGGAAAACGUCACAAGUAAUUAUCGAACAAAUGUGAACGAAUGAUUAUGAAUCUGUUCUCGAAAGAUCGUUUUAAUGUUUUAAUUAUAUUAAAAGCUUUCAUAGCCAUUAAUAAACAAAAGCAUGGAAAAUA